UGGGUGUCCUGCAAGCAAGAUUUUAAUGUGUUCUCAACCUUUCAAGGUGAAGCAAUCGAAUCUCUAUCAUCUUUGACCAGAAGCCAGAUAGAAAUCAGUUUCAAUUGAGGUUCGUGUGCGACUUGUCUUGAGACAAAAGGGGAAGUGAUUAAAGCGGAAACACACACAAAUACACACAAACACCCACAUACUACAAAAAGAAGGAUAGUUCUCCAAGGGUUUUCAAAAUAUAACAUGUAAUGGGCACCAUAUGUCAACAAUGGAAGGCCAAACUUCUCAUGGUCUGUGGGCUCUAUGGUCUUGUUCAGGCACAAAGCUCGAGUCAAGCAUCCUUCGCAAUUAGGGAAAGGUUGGCUAACGGGGUGUUUACUGGUCAGAUCCGUAACGGCCUCCCCCAUGGGCGUGGCACGAUUCAGUACCGAGACAAUGACCCCAGUGGGCGGUUCAAUUACACUGGUGACUUCAUUUUGGGUGCCCUUUCGGGUAGUGGAACGAUGGUGUGGAGAAAUGGCGCUUCCUACACUGGAACCAUACGCAACAACCUAAUGGAGGGCGAGGGCGUGUACUCGUGGCCAAAUGGAGAUCGUUACGUGGGUCAGUACUCAAAUGGAAGACGAAAUGGGAUCGGCGAGAUGGAAUAUGGAGAUGGGGACGCUUAUCGAGGCUCGUGGCGAGAUGGGAAAUAUCACGGUCAAGGUCGCUACGAAUGGGCCAAUGGUAAUGUCUAUCAAGGCGAUUGGGAAGAUGGGGUUGCCAUGGGACACGGAGAAUUCGAAUAUGGAUCGGGCUCACGACAAGGGGAACGUUAUUCAGGGGCCUUUAACCGAGGAGUAAAGCACGGCUAUGGAACCUACUACUACCCCAAUGGCCAAUCUUUUGUCGGAGAGUACCGGAAUGGUCUGAGGAACGGCCCUGGAACACUUUACUUUGAUACUGAGGGUAGUCGGAAACGCGAUGGUUUUUGGAUCGACGGCAUCCUUCAAGACGAUAAUUCAAUCCCAAACCGCUUGAAUGGCCAGGCCUUGUCCACGGAUAUAAGCACGUUCAUAUCGUCAGCCUCAUUUAAUAACAACCGUCAAAGGCCAAGCACGACCACGACCGAGACCAACAACGACAACUCUUUUUUAACCGUGCCUAAUUUUAGCCUGGUGGCCAAUGUUGACGAUGGAGGUGAUGAAGACACUGGCCAAUCCCUUCCCAAUCAAGUCAUCACGGAUGACCAAUUGGAUUCGCCUGUCUCUAGUUCAAAUGGGGACCAAGCCACGCUUAAUCUGGAACGGGGAACUUACGUGGGACAAAUCCGAAACGGUGUUCCACAUGGACAAGGAACACUGACAUAUUCUGAUGCUAUCAGAACUCGGUCCAACUAUACUGGUUCCUGGUUGAAUGGGAUGAAAAGUGGUCGUGGAACGAUGAUGUGGCGGUCCGGGGAUCAAUAUGUGGGAGAUUGGCUGAACGACCUUCCUCACGGACAAGGCAACUACGAAUGGGCUGAAGGUCAUCGAUAUAAUGGCGACUAUCGUCAAGGCCAACCAGACGGUGUCGGUCUCUUUCAAUCCGCCCAAGGCGACAUCUAUCAAGGACAAUUCCAAGCAGGUUUGCCUCACGGUCAAGGCGAAUAUUUCUAUGGAGGAGGUGAAAAGCGUCUGGACAAAUACACAGGGGAAUUCGAGCAAGGAGCGUUUCAUGGGCGCGGAAAAUACUUCUUUGCCAACGGGGAUCGCUACGAAGGGGAUUUUGCCAAUGGAGAACGCAGUGGGCAAGGAAUCAUGUUUUAUAACACUGGUGGAUACCGCCAAGGCUCUUGGAGGAAUGAUCGUCUCGUUGGAAGGGUCACCUACAACAAACCCGAUGGAACCGUUGUCACUGAGGUUUGGCAGGAGCCCCGCAAUGAAGACGACUCUGAGGUCCCAUUGGAUCGAGAUCCAACAGGAUCCAUGUCCACCAUUUCCACCCUCGAUCUCGGUAUGAGUGCCCGAAAUCAAGCCAAGGCCUUGUUCCAGGUCCUCGUGUCGGCUGGAACAUUCGAUUCCCUCUCGGGAUCAGAGGAGUCGGCCGAUUCAAAUCAACUGCAAGCGAGUCAGGUCCAAAAUGAUAACGAAGGCUCGCUCCGUGCCAUUCGCCAGUUGUUUUGAGUCUCUGACUAUGUUGAUAUUCAACGCAAACAAUGCAUGUAACCACCCAAGGAAAGCUUUCUCGUCCAUUGAGCCAUGCCCGAUUGUUUUCAUGGAAUGCAAUAAAUUGAGUGGAAUUAAAGAUUGUAAAUCAGGAACCCAAUGUUUUGUAUGGCACCUCUGCAUUGGUGAAGGUCGUCUGUUUCCCGGGAUGGCCUCGAGGCCGUUCAGUUUUUAAUUGGCUGUCUUGAUCCAUCAUAAAGAAUCAUUAAACGCCCAGCAACCUGUUAAUGAGCGCCUAAUGAAAGGGGCCUAUCCCCUUGAUGAGCACCUACUGUACGUAAGUUCCCCAUUCAGGUUCGUUAAAGAUCCAUGUGGGAUAGUACCAAGAAAUAUGGAUCAGGAGUCCCUUGACGUUCCAUGUUUGAAUUUGAGUCGCUAUCUCACUCUGAUUGAUGAAACGUUUGAU